AUGGGAUGUGUUUCAGCAUUUACAGCUUUUUCAUUGACAUUAUAUGCAGGUGCAGGUAGCUUACGUGCAAUUAUAUUUUAUAUUUUUCCACAACCUCUACCACAAUCUCAAAUACAAUUAUCAUCACUUUAUGAUCUAACUGAAUAUUAUCAACCAAGAAAUUUUCCUGGUAAAGAAAGAUCAGUUAGUAUUGAUCAUACUAUCAGAUAUUAUGAUUUUAAUUUUCGUAAACCUGAAACAUUAACUUAUAGUAGUGCAAUAUAUGAUAAUAAUAUUGAAAUAUUAUAUCGACUUCCACGAAAACCUUCUAUAUCAGCUUUAUUACUUAUAUUUCAUAGUUGUAAACAUACAGCUUAUGAUUGGUUUCAUUCUGUUGAACGACAACGUAUUAUUGGUGCUGCUAUUGAACUUGGAUAUGCUUGUUUAGUAUUUCAAGCAACAAAUAAAAUUAGUCAAUGUUGGUCAUAUAAGGCGGAUAUUUAUGAGAAUAAAGAUGUGCAAAUGGUAUUAAAAGGACUUGAUGGUUUUUAUAAACAAUAUCCUGAAUUAGUAUCUCUACCAAUUUUUACAUUUGGUUCAUCAAGUGGUGGAAUAUUUUCAAGUAUAUUUGCUACUAAUCAACGUCAUCCAAUUCAGGGACAAGUUAUAUAUAUUUCAAUUAUUCUACCAGAAAUAUUAUCUACUUACGUUAAAACAAACAACUAUCCACCAACUGUUUGGAUACAUAUGUUACGUGAUAUUGAAUUCGCUUCUGAAGAUCGUAUAAAUAACUCAAUACAGAUUUUUAUUGAACAGAACAUUCCUUGUAAUAGAUUGGCUAUUGAACCCGUACGAAUAACACGUGUAACAUUUCGUGAUCGAAUACCAUCAAUAAAUAUUAGAACAUCACAGUUUUUAUUUAAUCGUUUACAACAAAAUCAUUGGUUAAAUCCUUAUCACGUAUUAAUGUAUAAUCCACGGCGUAAAUUUUCCUGGAAACAGUUUUUAUUCCCUUCAUCAAUAGCUGAAGUUAAAAAUGGAGAAGUUUUUAAUAAUAUUAAUCAAAAUAAAUUUCAAAUUUCUGAAUUUUUAAAUACAAUGUAUGGUGAACAUGAAAUAAGUUAUGAACGUUCAUUUGAAGCAUUACAAUGGCUUGAAAAAAUUUAUGAUUCAUCGAAACUUCGAACAGAUUCAAAUAAUUGA